CAAAGAAUUAUUUUAGACUCAAAACGUGGCUUUCUCGCAUUGCACGACGAUGAAAGUCGCUUCUAAACGAAUGACUUUCCUGGGAAACACCGUUCAAUAAAUUAAGAUGGGAGUACUUAGAUAUUCAUAUUCUUUCAAGUCCUGUAACCAACAGAUGAAUAUUGAUAUGAUUUAUUUCAUGUCUAAUGGGUUGGGAAUACGCGUUUUAGCCUGCGAAAUCCUUGUAUCAGCACAUCGUCAUCCAAAUUGAGCGUGAAAAUAACGUUUGUUUGAUCCCUGUACGCUGAAACAAAUCAUACAGAAACUUUUCGUCUUUAAGAAACCUACCUAGAUCCCAAAUCACAAAAUAGAACUCAUGCAAGUUGCAUAACCAAUCACGUAGCGACCUAUAUAUUCGAGGGACGGUUCAUAGACAAAUGUCUAUGUUGGUUGAGAGAGAAACCCACACAAGGUUGUCCAACAGGUGUCCCAAUAGAGCAUCAACAUUACAAUCGGUAUUUUCCCAUUCAAAAUCGGCUUUAGCCCUACCCCUCGGAUACCCUCACCACUUAGGCACUUGUCCCAAUCUUAUUACUAUAUUUAUAUACAUCCACCUCUCCAUCUUAUUUUGCUUCACCCUCUAUUCUGCAAAACAGGUACUACCGUGUUGGCAAUGAGAGAGCAACUCCAAGCAGUAGCGACGGUGAAGGUGGAACUUGGUUUAUAUGGUUUAGAUCAGGACAUGCACCCUCCUAUUACAAAUGUUAGACCCAACAACAAGAACAAGAGAAGAUUCAGUGAUGAACAAAUUAAGUCACUAGAGUUCAUGUUUGAGUCAGAUUCAAGACCGGAGUCGAUGAUAAAACAUCAACUAGCUAAUGAGCUUGGACUACAGCCCCGACAGAUUGCUAUCUGGUUCCAGAACAGGAGAGCUAGGUCCAAAACUAAGCAAAUUGAGCGAGAUUACAACAUUUUGAAAAAGAGUUACGAUGCUCUUGCUUCUAGCUAUGAAUCCUUGAAAAGAGAGAAUCAAUCCUUGAGUAUCCAGUUGCAAAAACUGAAGAGUCAGCUUGAGAUGGAACAUGGAAACAAAACCUAUGGACCAAACAGAACAGCCGGAAAUAGUGGUGAUGGCAAAUCCGGGAACAUGAGUGCUAUAUUUGACGCGAAGGAGAAGAUCACCUUUCUAUUUGAAGGCUAUGACCACAUGCUUUCAAGCGAUAAAAAUAGCAGAAAUGUUGAGAGCACGGAUGAGGAUAGAGUGGUUCUGGAAGUGAUGGAAACCAGAGAUGGCUCCUUGACGUCAUCAGAAAAAUGGUGCGGUUUUGAAUCCAAUUGUUUCCUGGACGAGUCAAGUUGUAGUUCAAAUUGGUGGGAAUACUGGUUAAGGUUGAAUGGAAAUUAAAAUAUGCAGCCGUUGCAUCGAGGAAUGAAUUAAAUAUGAAAUUUAGAUCUCUCUGCAUAUAAUUCUAUCCCCCAUGUAACCAAAACCAUGAUGCACGCACUUGCCGUUCUUUUUCUUAUUUCUUUCUUUUUUAUUCAGAGCAAUCCCAGUUGUUAAAACUAUACUUCCCAACAACAAAGCUGAGAGACAACUGAGAAAAGCUUCCUACACCUGGAUUCUCCAUGGUUUCAAAAACAAUCAAGACACUUAUGACAAGGGCUAAGGCCUCAAGCUGGAUACCGUGCUAGUAUGUUUUUAUGUCCGCAAGCAGGAUCACAAAGUCGCAGACAAUAGUUUUCCCCCGGUUUUUAUACUCAUUUAAUCGUAUAGAAAAAUGCAAGCAGAAUGAUAAAAUGUUAUAGUAGCACAAAUGAAGCAAAGAAGAAAACUACAUUCAUUAUUAAGGCAGAAAGAACCAUAAUUCUAUCC